AUGGAAGAUUUAGGAAUUGCAACUAGUAACAUGGAAGAGCUUAAGUGCUUGGUUUGCAACAAAUAUUUUAGGUAUAAAAGAACUUUAAAGAGACACUCAAUUACUUGUGGCUCUAAAGAGUCUAAAAAUAUUAAUAGCGUGCAAUGUCCAGAUUCAGCUUGUAAUAAAACAUUCACAAACAAAAAAAACUUAAAAUUUCAUAUAGAGGCAGACCAUGGUGUGAAAUUACUAAACGAAAAAAGAACGUUUGCAACUCUUCAUGAUUUCAAGGAAUGGAAAUUAAAACUGGAAGAUGAUAAUUUAUGUUUUUAUGCGUUAAGUGCUCGUAAGACUGUAGGACAGAAUAAAACUAUAACGUAUCUGGAUUGUCAUCGAACCGGUAAUUUCCAAAGUAGAUCAACAGGUGUCCGUAAAAUUAAAAGUCAGGGCACAAACAAAAUUGGAUCUACAUGUCCAUCGUCAAUGGUAUAAAUUUAAAAUUUCUUAAUCUUGACGUUUCGUUUUUUUUUUUUACUUAAUAUUCUGUUUUAAUACUCAGAUAGUAGUAAU